GCCAGCGGUGUCAACGAGCACUCAACUUCUUCCUCUGGUGAAGUGGGUUUACUUGGACUUGAAGGAAGGAAAAAAAUGUCUCCACUUCUGAGAAGCAUCUUCGAUAUCACUGAAAUUUUCAAUCAAUAUGCCUCACAUGAUUGUGAUGGGGCAGUACUAAGCAAGAAAGACCUGAAGAACCUCCUUGAAAGAGAAUUUGGAGAUGUUCUUCGGAGACCACAUGACCCUGAGACGGUAGAUCUGAUCCUGGAACUUCUGGAUCGCGACUGUAACGGGCUUGUCGAUUUCAACGAAUUCCUCCUGUUCAUUUUCAAGGUGGCUCAAGCUUGUUAUUACGCUCUCGGCCAGGCCUCGGGGCUAGAUGAGAAGGGAACCAAGUGUGAGGGAAAGGGGAACCCGUUACAAGAUCGCAGGCAAGAAGACCAAAGGAGAUUCGAGCCCCGGGAGAGACAACUGGAAGAAGAACGCAGGCAGAAGAGGCAGGAACAGGAGAGGGAGCUCGCUGAGGAAGAGAAGCAGAGGGAGAAGCAAGAGAGACGUGAGCAGCGGCUGCAAAGGCGAGAACAGGAAGAGCGUCUUGAGGACGAAGAGCAGCUGCAGAGGCGCAAGGGUCGGGAGCCUGAAGAGUUUCCUGACCAAAAGCAAAGGCGAGAGAGGCAGGAGCAGCGCGAGCGCCAGGAAGAAGAGCAGCUGCAAAGGCGGGAGCGGCAGGAGCUGAAGAGGGAGCGCCGCGAGGAGGAGCAACAGCAAAGGCGAGAGCGGCGAGAGCAGCGCGAGAGGGCGCUUCAGGAGGAAGAGGAGCAGCUGCUAAAAAGCGAGAGGCAGCAGAGGGAGCGCCGGGAAGAGGAGCUGCUGCAGAAGCGAGAGCGCCAAGAGCUGAAGAGGGAGCGCCAGGAGGAAGAGCAGCAGCUGCAAAGGCAGAGGCGAGGGCGCGAGGAGCCCCGCUUGGAGCAGGAGAGGCGCGAGCAGGAGCUGCGCUUGGAGCAGGAGGAGAGGCGCGAACAGGAGCUGCGCUUGGAGCAGGAGGACAGGCGUGAGCAAGAGAGGCGCGAGCAGAAGGAGAGGCGCGAGCAGGAGCUGGCUGAGGAGGAGGUGGAGCAGGAAGAGGCCCGCGAGCAGGGCAAGAGCCGCACCCCAAGGUGGCAGUGGCAGCUAGAAAGCGAGACUGAGGCCCGUCAAAGCAAAGUCUACUCCAGGCCCCGCAGGCAGGAGGAGCAGAGGCGCCGCCAGAGGCUGUCGGCCAGGCCCCCGUUGCGGGAGCAGCGGGAGAGGCAGCUAAGGGCGGAGGAGCGCCGGGAGCGGGAACACCUGUUCGGUGAGGAGGAGGAGGAGCAGCGCCGCCGCAGACGCGAGAGGCAGCAGCAGCAGCAGUUCCGCCAGGAGGAGAGCCUCCAAGAGGAUCGCGAGAGGAAGCGACGCCAGGAGGAGGUGCGCCGCGACCAAAAAUGGAGGUGGCAACUAGAGGAGGAAAGCCAGAGACGCCGGCACACGCUGGACGCCAAGCCAGCUCUACGAGAGCAGCUGAGUGAGGAAGAGCAGCUGCAGCGCGAGGAGGAGCAGCUGCAGAGGGAGAAGAGGCGCCAGGAGCGGGAGAGCCAAUAUCGGGAAGGGGAGCAGCUGCAGAGGGAAAGGAGGCGCCAGCAGCCCGACAGGCAGUUUCUGGAGGAGGAGGAGCUGCAGAGCCUGGACAGGAAGCGGCAAUUCCGGGGUGAGGAUCAGCGGCGUGAGCUGAAAUGGCAGUGGCAACCAGAGAAAGAAAAUGAAGUUCGUAAUAACAGAGUUUACUCCAAACGCAGAAAGAACGAAGAAAAGACCCGGCAACUGGAAGAAGCCCAGGUGCGGGAGAGACAAUUCCAGCAGGAUCGGUGGCCCCUACAGGAUGAACAGGAAGAGGAGAGAGAGCGAGAGCAAGAGAGGAGGAGCUGGCAGCAACGCGACAGGCAAUUGCUAGCCAAAGAACUGCUGGAGCGAGAAGAGCAAAACGAAGCCAAAAGGCGAGACAGGAAGUUCCGAGAGGAAGAGCAGCUGCUGAGAGAGGAAAGAGAAGAGAAAAGACGCCGUCAGGAAGAAAACGGAAAGUUCCGCCAGGAGGAACAGCAGCUGCGCCGCAGGGAACGCGAGCAACAGCUUCGCCAGGAGAGCGACAGAAAGUUCCGUGAGAAGGAACAGCUCCUGCAGGAAAGGGAAGAGCAGCUGCGCCGCCACGAGCGCGACAGAAAAUUCCGCGAGGAGGAACAGCUCCUGCAGGAAAGGGAAGAAGAGCAGCUGCGCCGCCAGGAGAGCGAGCAACAGCUUCGCCAGGAGCGCGACAGCAAGUUCCGUGAGGAGGAACAGCUCCUGCAGGAAAGGGAAGAAGAGCAGCUGCGCCGCCAGGAGCGCGAACAACAGCUUCGUCAGGAGCGCGACAGAAAGUUCCGCGAGGAGGAACAGCAGCUGCGCCGCCGGAAACUAGACAGUGCCUUCUCCCAAGAGGAACAACUGAGACGUGCAAAGCAAGAGGAAGAACAGAGACGCCAGUGGCUGGCAGACUGGAAGUUCCCAGAGGAAGAGCAGAGCCUCCAGCAGGAGCGAGAGGAAGAAAAGCGCCGCCGCCAGGAGCAGGACAGGAAGUUCCUCGAGGAAGAAGAGCUGCUGCAGCGCGAGGAGCAGGAAGAGCUGAGACGCCGGCAGCAGCGAGAGCAGCAGUACCGGGCGGAGGAGCAGUUUGCCAGGGAGGAGAAGAGGCGCCGUCAGGAUCAAGAACUGGGGCAAGAAGGGCGGAGACGCCGCCAGGAGCGGGAGAGGAAAUUCCGGGAAGAAGAACAGCUCCGCCGCCAGCAGGAGGAGGAGCAGAGGCGCCGCCAAGAGCGCGAAGUGCCGCAGAACUGGGAGGCAGACAAGGGUCGUCGGCAGGUUCUGGAGCCCGGCAAGCGACCGUUUGCCAGUGUCCCGGUGCGCUCCAGCCCCCUCUAUGAGUACAUCCAAGAGCAGAGAUCGCAGUACCGCCCUUAAGAGCUGCUGCCAAUAUCCCGACACCUGCCAAAGCUUCUAGCAAAGGAAAAUGAGAAACACUGGGUAUCAAAUGACUCAAAUGUUUCUGGUUGUGGGAAAACUCUCUGAUUUUAGAAUGUCUUCUUUCCAAAAUCUUAAACUACACUGUGUUGUACUUUGUAUUCGUGCCUUUUAUUCUUCCUCAAGUGGUUCUUUACCGCAGGAUGUCUUUACUCUUUGGUGCAGAUGUGGUGUGCAUUUUGAAAAACAUAUAAAUCAUUUAAUUUGUUUAAGGAGUUUUGUUUGGGGAACAUGUUAAUUUAUUGCUUUCAGAAAUAAAAAGAAUAAUAUGACGAUCUGAGAUUCAAAAGAAUUGUGCAUUUUUUCAAUGGUUGAUCCAUCUUGUGGAGAAUUAAGAUAUUUUUAAUGUACAAGUAGAUAUUUCUUCUUGGGCCUAAAUUGCCUUAAUAUUUACCUCCAAAUAGCCUCUCAUCUUUUGUGGCAUAAUUAUUAAAGAUUCUAGAGGGAACUGAAUUUUUACAACAACCCUUGAAUAGUGCAGGGGGAGUGACUUCUACAGAAAAACUCCUGUGAAAUCAGCCCAUAACUGGAAGAAAUAUCUGUUAAGAAUAAGGUUUAGCUUGAAGAUUUAGAACUUGAAUUAGAUUUUUUUAUACUUAAUUCCAUAAACACAUAAAAUCUCAUGCAGCAACAGCAAGAUGUUUUUCAAACAACUCCAGAGCUCAAAUUUUAAAACUGUGUGUGCUGUAGUCUGUAGUGCUCAGUUCUCUCCCCCCCAGUCUUUGAUGAGUUUAAGAAUAUUACUACCUUUGUUAAUUUUAGCUGAGAGGGAACCUGCUCAGAAUCCUGUAAACAUCUGUCUUGCUCUGGGGCUGCUAAGAGAUCACAGAGAGCAUUUUGGGGGAGGGAAAGGAAAAAUUUGUGAACAGAGGGGCAAGUUCCUAGAAGCCCUUUGAUAAGACCAAUCAGCCCACAAUCCUUUGAGGCCUAUUGAUACUACCUUGGAGACAUUCUUGUUGAAAUAAUUGGACUGUGUAAAAAAUUAAUAAUAAAUGUUUGGCAA